GCAGCAUCUCAGAAGAGAGACUAAGCUACAGAAGGCUUAACCACAGCCAUGGAUACUGUCAAACAUCAGAAAAACAAUACUUCAGCACUCAAAAAAUCUAAGUCUGUGAAGAACAUCAAUCAUUACACAAAUGUACGCGGUCUGCCUUCUAUCGAGAAGAUUGUGAGCUCAGUGGAGGACACCCCCAGGCCCAUCAGCACCCAGAUCGUUGGUACAAUCCCAGAAUGGAUCAAAGGAAACUUCCUGAGAAAUGGGCCCGGAAAGUUUGAGAUCGGAAACCACAAAUUUAACCACUGGUUUGAUGGCAUGGCUCUCAUGCACCAGUUCAAAAUAUCAAAUGGGCAAGUGACUUACAAAAGCCGCUUCCUAUCCAGCGACAGCUACCAGACCAACAAGGAGCACAAUCGCAUUGCUAUAUCUGAGUUUGGGACUGUAACCAUGCCGGACCCCUGUAAAAAUGUCUUCCAGCGCUUCCUGUCAAGAUUUGAAUCACACAAGCCCACAGACAAUGCCAAUGUGAGUUUUGUGACCUACAAAGGUGACUAUUAUGUCAGUACAGAAACCAACAUCAUGCACAAGGUGGACCCUGACACACUGGAGACUGAAAAGGUGGACUGGAGCAAAUUCAUUGCUGUGAAUGGAGCCACAGCACACCCUCAUACUGAGCCUGAUGGUACGACAUACAACAUGGGAAAUUCCUACACCUCGAAAGGAUCAUACUACAACAUUAUCCAAGUGCCACCAACCAAGAAAACAGAAGAUGAAACCCUGGAGGGAGCCACAGUGCUGUGCUCGAUUCCUUCAGUGGACAAGACCAAACCUUCAUACUAUCACAGCUUUGCAAUGUCUGAGAACUACGUGGUGUUCAUUGAACAGCCCAUCAAGCUGGACCUGCUGAAGAUUGUGACAGGCAAGCUAAGAGGAAAAAGUAUCAGUGAUAGCAUAUUCUGGGACCCCAAACUCAACAUAAUCUUCCAUCUGAUCCACAAACACUCUGGGAAGGUAAGCUCCAUCAAGUAUCUUGCAAAGCCACUAUCAACCUUCCAUCAGAUCAAUGCAUUUGAGGAGGAUGGAUUCUUGAUCAUAGAUUUGUGUGCAUCAGAUGAUGGCCAGGCAAUCACAAACUACAACAUCCAGAACAUGCGCAAGUCUGGAGAAGCUCUUGAUGAGGUGUACAACACCUUGAGUAGAGCCUUCCCCCGGCGAUUUGUGCUGCCUCUCAAUGUUGACCGCGACACACCCUACAACCAGAACUUGAUUACCCGGCCAAACAGCAUAGCUACUUCUGUAAGAAUUGCCAAGAACAAGGUGUUCUGUACUCAUGAGGACCUGCAUGGGGAGGAUCUCCAUGAAUACGGAGGUCUGGAGUUUCCUCAGAUCAACUAUCACAAAUUCAACACCCAUCCCUACCGCUACUUCUAUGGCUGUGGCUUUAGACACCUUGUAGGGGACACGCUGAUUAAGAUGGAUCUCCAUGGAAAACGCAUGAAGGUGUGGGAACAUCCUGGUCAGUAUCCAUCUGAGCCGGUCUUUGUUCCCUCUCCUAAUGCUACAGAGGAGGAUGAUGGUGUCAUCAUGUCUGUGGUCAUCACUCCAGACGAGGACAAGAGUACAUUCCUUCUGGUGUUAGAUGCCAAGACAUUCGAGGAGCUGGGCAGGGCGGUGGUACCUGUCAACAUCCCCUAUGGCUUCCACGGGACAUUCAAUGCCACGGCUUAGACGUCUGAUGGAUGUACAUGUGACUUCACAGGGACACACCUACACUGUGUACAUGUUGACUUAAAAGCAAAGACCCUCAUUUAAAGAAUUCCUUUAUUUUCAUGUCAUAGUGAUAUGUUAAAGCAUGCAUGCCUUUUUUCAGACUUAAUAAAACCUUAAGUGUCGAUAUAAUCUGUGUUGAAAUAAAAUCCUUUGUUUCUAUUGUUUUUCCACAGCUAUCUGUAAAUGAAGGUCGUGAGGUUUUUUUUUAAUAUCUGCUAUUUCAUGCACUGCUAUAAAAAAAAGUAAAACUGAUUUUAUGAUACUGUUAAGGUAAUGCACAAAUUAACACAGAACACAUUUUAGAGAAACCUCUGUGACUUUAAAAUGUACAAUUUCAGAAAAAUCCAAGAGUCACUGA